CUGCGGAGGCCCCGCAGUCGGGCUCAGCCCGCCGCGCCGCGUUCAGUACAGCUUCGGCCGCCGCGCCGCCUGGCUCUCGUAUUCCUUGUUGUCGGCGGGCUCUGGGGGCUCCGCGCUGCGGCCGUUAGUCAUGUCGGAUUCUGGAACUUACGGUCAGUCUGGGGGUGAGCAGCAAAGUUAUUCUUCCUAUGGAAAUCAAGGGAACCAAGCUUAUGGACAAGCACCACAAAGCUAUUCUGGCUAUGGACAAACUACUGAUUCCUCAUACGGACAGAACUAUGGCAGCUACUCCGGCUAUGGACAAAGCCAAUCAGGUUAUUCACAGUCCUACGGUGGUUAUGAGAAUCAAAAGCAGAGCUCAUAUGGCCAGCAGCCUUAUAAUAACCAGGGACAGCAAAACACGGAAUCAUCAGGAGGCCAAGGUGGAAGAGCGCCUUCAUAUGACCACUCAGACUAUGGUCAACAAGAUUCAUAUGACCAGCAGUCAGGCUAUGAUCAACAUCAAGGUUCAUAUGAUGAUCAGUCAAAUUAUGGUCAGCAGCAUGAUUCCUAUAAUCAAAAUCAGUCCUACCAUUCACAAAGGGAGAAUUACAGCCACCACGCACAAGAUGACCGUCGUGAUGUGAGUAGGUAUGGAGAAGAUAAUAGAGGAUAUGGCGGGUCACAGGGAGGAGGUAGAGGGCGUGGGGGAUAUGACAAGGAUGGAAGAGGUCCUAUGACAGGUUUAAGUGGUGGUGACCGCGGUGGCUUCAAAAAUUUUGGUGGUCACAGGGAUUAUGGACCCAGACCAGAUGCUGAUUCAGAAUCUGAUAAUUCAGAUAACAACACAAUCUUUGUGCAAGGACUUGGGGAGGGUGUGUCUACAGAUCAAGUGGGGGAGUUCUUUAAACAAAUAGGAAUUAUCAAGACAAAUAAGAAGACGGGAAAACCAAUGAUCAAUCUGUAUACAGACAAGGACACAGGGAAGCCAAAAGGAGAGGCAACAGUGUCAUUUGAUGACCCUCCUUCAGCUAAGGCAGCCAUUGACUGGUUUGAUGGAAAAGAAUUCCAUGGCAACAUCAUUAAAGUGUCUUUUGCUACCAGAAGACCUGAAUUCAUGAGAGGAGGUGGAAGUGGAGGUGGGCGACGAGGCCGUGGAGGAUAUAGAGGUCGUGGAGGCUUUCAGGGGAGAGGUGGAGACCCCAAAAGUGGGGACUGGGUUUGCCCUAAUCCAUCGUGUGGAAAUAUGAACUUUGCUCGAAGGAAUUCCUGCAACCAGUGUAAUGAGCCCAGACCAGAGGACUCUCGUCCCUCGGGAGGAGACUUCCGGGGAAGAGGCUAUGGUGGAGAGAGGGGCUAUAGAGGCCGUGGGGGCAGAGGCGGAGACCGAGGCGGCUAUGGAGGAGACAGGAGCGGCGGCGGCUAUGGAGGAGACAGAAGUGGCGGCGGCGGCUAUGGAGGAGAUAGAAGUGGGGGCGGCUAUGGUGGAGACAGAAGUGGGGGUGGCUAUGGUGGGGACCGAGGAGGUGGUUACGGUGGGGACCGAGGUGGCGGCUAUGGAGGAGAUCGAGGCGGCGGUUACGGUGGAGACCGAGGAGGCGGCUACGGUGGAGACCGAGGAGGCGGUUAUGGAGGAGACCGAGGCGGCGGCUAUGGGGGAGACCGAGGUGGCGGCUACGGUGGAGACCGAGGCGGCUAUGGAGGAGACCGCAGUGGGGGGGGCUAUGGAGGAGACCGCGGUGGCGGCGGGGGCUACGGUGGAGACCGAAGUGGCGGCUAUGGAGGUGACCGGAGUGGGGGCGGCUAUGGAGGAGACCGAGGCGGCUAUGGAGGCAAAAUGGGAGGAAGAAACGACUACAGAAAUGAUCAGCGCAACCGACCAUACUGAUGACUGUUUUGAAUGUUCCUUUGUCUCUGACAUGAUCCAUAGUGAAAUUGCCAGAGUUUUGCCUGCUGCUUUCCUCGUGGCCUCUUCUUGGGUAGUGAAAUUAAGUGACAUUUGGAUUUUUAUUUGGGUGGGAGGGCUGGGACAGUUUUUCUUUUAGAAAUGUCCAUUAAAAUUUCCCUGUUUAGUUUCCAACCUCCUUUCCAACCCUUGAAGCUAAGUGCGUUGUAAAAUAUUGCCAAAAUGGAAAGUGUUUUGUAUUACUGCAAUAAAGGCUGCUUGUUUUGUGGA